AUGGCUGUCAUGGCUAUACCGGCUUUAAUUAAGGAUGCAGAAGAUCAUAAUCCUUUAAUAAGAGCAUUAGCGAUGAGAACGAUGGGUUAUAUAAGUGUUGAAAAGGUGGUGGAUGCUUUGAGUGACCCAUUAAGACAUUCUUUACGAGACCAAGAUCCAUAUGUAAGAAAAACUGCAGCAAUCACAGUAUCAAAAUUAUAUUUGUAUGAUAGAUCAUUAGUAGAAAGUGAAGGAUUUAUAGAUAUGUUGAGAGAUAUGUUGGCCGAUUCCAAUCCUACCGUUGUUGCAAACGCUGUUGCUGCUCUAACCGAAAUAUCAGAAAGAUCAGAUAAUAUCUCAUUAAAAUUAAAUAUGACAAUUGCUAACAAAUUAGUAACAGCUUUGAAUGAAUGUUCCGAAUGGGGACAAACAUAUAUACUUGAAUCUUUGAUGUUUUAUGUCCCUUUAGAAAUGGGAGAUGCAGAGAUGUUGGCUGAACGUAUUGCACCAAGACUACAACAUGCUAAUUCUAGUGUAGUACUAACUGCAGUAAAAGUUAUCAUGUAUUUAAUGAAUUACAUGACUAAAGAAGAUGAUAUUACAAAUAUGUGUAAAAAAUUAUCCCCUCCUUUAGUGACAUUACUUUCAAGUGGACCGGAAGUUCAGUAUGUGACACUUCGUAACAUACUAUUAAUCAUUCAAAGAAGACCAGAUGUAUUAAGAAAUGAUAUUAAAGUAUUUUUUUGUAAAUAUAAUGAUCCAAUCUAUGUUAAAUUGGCAAAACUUGAAAUAAUGUUUCGAUUAGCCAAUACUGACAAUGUCGAUCAAGUUCUCUCAGAAUUAAAAGAAUAUGCAACUGAAAUUGAUGUAGAUUUUGUUAAGAAGGCUGUAAGAUCGAUUGGCCGAUUGGCCGUGAAAAUUGAAUCAACAGCAGAUCUUUGCAUAGCAGCUUUAUUAGAACUUAUCCAAACAAAAGUUAAUUAUGUUGUUCAAGAAGUGAUCAUUGUCAUUAAGGUACGUAUAUGUAUAUUGAUACCAAAAUAUCCAAAUAAAUAUGAAAGUAUAAUAGCGACAUUAUGUGAAAAUUUAGAUAACUUGGAUGAGCCUGAAGCAAAAGCAGCAAUGAUUUGGAUAAUAGGUCAAUAUGCUGAUCGUAUAGAUAAUUCUGAUGUAUUAUUAGAUGAUUUCCUGUAUACAUUCCUUGAAGAUCCUGUUCAGUUAUCAUUGUUAACAGCAAUUGUAAAACUUUUUAUUAAAAGACCUGCAGCAGGACAAGAACUUGUUCCAAAAGUAUUAAAAUUAGCAACAGAAGAUGUUGACAAUCCAGAUCUACGGACAAACUGCAAUGAGAACAGCUCAUAG